CGCCACUUUCAUUCGAUUUGUCAACCGUGUUGUGUGUGUACUUGUGUAUGAUGGCCACGAAUAAUUAUUUUGGUUUUACUCACGGUGGAACACAAUAUAGUGCAACUGCUACUGGAGCCGCGUACCAAGCUGGCCAACCUGGAUAUGCAGUAGCUGCGUCUCCUGCUACCGCAGCUGCAGCUACUUACGGCACUCAAAGAGCAGCAGGAUACGACUCAGCCUAUCAAACGGCUGCCGCUGCUCAGGGAACUUAUGCAACAGUUGGUACUGGAGCUACACCUGCCUACGAAUACGGUUACGGACAAUCAGCGGCAGCGACCUACACACAAGGUUACGAACAAGCAGCUGCUGCUAAACCAGCAACCUACGCUGCCACUUAUCAACAAAGGGCAACCCAAGCGACUGCGGCUGCUAAACCAGCUCAGUACGCUGCUGCAUACCAACCAAACGCGUCCGCUUAUCAAGCCACAUACGCGCAACCCGCGUCUCAAACUACAAUAGCUGCCCAACCUACCACUCAAGCUAAAGCAAACAGCGGAACAUAUUCAGGCUACGACGCUGCUCUGUAUUCCGCAGCAACAAUGUACGUGGCGCAACAGCAACAGGGCGGAGUGGCCCAAAAUGCCCAAGGUAACAUGCAGAAGUCAGUAGGAUGGCAGGGAUUCAAGAGGGGCGGCGGUGGCAACAAGGGCCAAAGACCCAAGGCGCCACCUAAACCUCAACAAUUGCACUACUGUGAUGUAUGCAAAAUAAGCUGUGCUGGUCCGCAAACCUACAGGGAACAUUUGGAGGGACAAAAACACAAAAAGAGAGAAGCUGCAACUAAAAUGGCUGCCAGCGUUGCCACUACCAAUGCUAACAGAUCUGGAAAUUCCCUCCGUUGUCAAUUGUGUGACGUUACUUGUACGGGCAACGAUGCUUAUGCUGCCCACAUUCGUGGAGCUAAACAUCAAAAAGUCGUUUUGCUACACACAAAACUGGGAAAACCAAUUCCUCCACAAGAACCAGAAGUUAUUGGAGGAGUUAAAAAGUCCAUCGCUAGUGCUCCCAAGAUCAAUUUUGUUCAGUCUGGUGGAUUGGGCUUGCCUUCUAACCAGGGAAGUAAUGGAGAUUCUAUUAAAGAAGACGAAGUAGAUGAUACACCGGAACCUGAUAUUCAGCCUGUUGGACAGGAUUACAUAGAAGAAAUUAAAAGUGACGAUGGAAAGGUAAUGAGUUUCAACUGCAAAUUGUGUGAAUGUCGAUUCAAUGACCCAAAUGCUAAAGAAAUGCAUAUGAAAGGAAGGCGACAUAGAUUGCAGUAUAAGAAAAAAGUUAAUCCUGAUCUUGUUGUUGAUGUCAAACCAUCACUUAGACAACGGAAAAUUCAAGAAGAAAAAUUACGCAGGGCAGCUAUGAGAGAAGAAUAUUGGGCUCGAAGACAUGGUUUUAACAUGGAAGAUGAAGAAUCCAUGUACUGGGAAGACAGACGCCGCUAUGAAGAAUACAUUGAUAUGAUGAACAGAGGUGGACCCUUCCCUAGAGGCAGACCUUUCCCUGGUGGACCACCGUUCUUCCCUGGUGGUCACACUCCCAGACGUGCAGAUUCCAACGACGAUCGGCAUGUAAUGGCUAAGCACACUGAAAUAUAUCCAAAAGAAGAAGAAUUGCAAGUGGUGCAACGAAUUGUAUCCCAUACUGAACGCGCCUUGAAGCAGGUCUCAGAUCAAAUGGCUGAAGCCAAACCUGCUGAAGCUGAUGCCGCAGCUGCAGCUACAGCUACAAAAGACAAACCAGCUGACCAACAACAACAACCUCAGAAGGAAGAUGGUCGCGAUAAUCAACUGUUUUCUUUCCAAAAGGAACAAGAUGCCUCUCGUAUGUUGCGGGGUGUAAUGCGAGUUGGGCAUCUUGCCAAGGGACUUUUGUUGAAGGGCGAUAACAAUGUAGAGUUGGUGGUUUUGUGUGCUGACAAACCUACACUCACACUUUUAAAGAAAGUUGUUGAAUUGUUGCCUCCUGCAUUCAAACAGAUUGCUCCUGAGGUUUCCUACCAAGUAACAAUUAAUCCUGCAGAAGCUGGUUUGACUGUACAAACUGAGGGACUGACUGUAUUAGUUCAACUGACUAGUCCAGUAAUGCGUGAACAAGAAGCUGCAAGCGGCGGUACGGACCGGGAUGUACUAUCGAGAGGAAAAUGUCUCCAGGCGCUGGCAGCGCUCAGACAUACCAAAUGGUUCCAGGCUAGAGCUUUGGGCUUACAAUCUUGUGUCGUUAUUAUCAGAAUUUUAAGAGAUCUGUGCCAGAGGGUACCCACUUGGUCGCCUCUUAGUCCAUGGGCCAUGGAAUUGCUAGCAGAAAAGAUAAUUUCUUCCACGCCAGGACAAGCCCAAUUGUCGCCUGGAGACGCUCUUCGACGAGUUAUGGAAGCGGUAGCAGGAGGAAUUUUGUUGCCUGGUGGUCCAGGAUUGGCCGAUCCGUGCGAAAAAGAAGGCCCUGACGCCUCCGGAGCUUUGAGCGCUCAACAGAGGGAAGAUUUGACGUGUUCGGCGCAGUACGCGCUCAGGCUGAUUUCUUUUAGACAAAUUUAUAAGGUUCUGGGAAUGGAACCUCUUCCAGCCACUCAGAAAACGUUCAAACGUGACAGAGCUGCUCGUAAACGUAGACGUUCAGGUGGCGAACAAGAGGGAUCAGAAAGUGACACUGGGAAAAUUAUUAAAACAGAACCAACUCCCGCUGAAGUAACCCCAGUAAAAUGACUGCGGUAGAUCUGUUUUUAGUUACUAUGUGAAUUAUUUAAAAAAAAAUUCUCCCAUUUGUCAGUUUUAGUUAAUUAUUAGGAUUUUUUUUUUCAUUGUAUGUACUUGCCAGUUAUUUUGAUAAGUAUGGCACUUCCACAGUAUCAAUGAGCCUCAAAUGGCAAUUCUUUUUACACUGGCCUCCUGUUCUUUGGAAGGUAUUGGCAUUUACAUAUUUAAAAAAAUUUGUAGCUUUAGGUAUAUGUGAUUAUUUAAAAAAAUAUAUAAGGUAGAUACAUGUGUGUAUGCGUGUAUUCAAGCUACCAAUUAAGUAACGCCAAAAUAGGCACGUUAUGCGAGUCACACUAUGAUUUUGUUAUAUGAAAAGAUGUAUGUAAUUUUGAUUUUUUUUAUUCGAAUAAAAACUUGGGAAUUAA